AUGGCGUCUUCCUCAGCAAUCGAUUACGAAAUGAUAUGUGCGAAAUUUAACAUCGACGAAUUGAAAGAGUUUCAGAAAGACACGAUUUCAAAUUUAGUGAAAGGAAGAGAUGUGUUUUUGUCCGUAAAGACUGGAGGUGGGAAAAGUCUUUGUUAUCAGACAUUUGGUGUCAUAUGGCGUCAGCUUCAUGAUGAAAACUGUCAAGUGCUUGUGGUAACGCCUCUUAUUUCGAUUAUGAAAGAACAGUGUCAAUAUCUCAGUUCGCUUGGAUUUACAGCCACAUAUAUUGGAAAGGAUGAAGAUGUUAUAUGUUUGGAAGAGAGGUUCGACUUCUUGUUUUCCUCUCCAGAAAACAUAUUAGGUGUCUCAGCUUAUAGAGGUAUGUUAAGCAGAAAUGAGAGCAUCAAGUUGUUGGUAGUGGAUGAGGCCCACACUGUUUUACACUGGGGAGAAUCUGAUGCAGGUGAAGCUCCAUUUCGGGCUUGGUAUGGUAAGCUUGGUGAAGCUCGUUCUUUGAUCAGCUGUCCUCUACUUCUGAUUACUGCUAAAAACAUAAAACAAAGUUGUAACAUAAAGUCACCAAAACGUCAGUUAUGUUGA